AUGAAUGCCUCCCAGGACAUAAGCAGAAGGGAGCGCUGCCUCCUUAGCGAGGUAGUCUAUCUCCGGGAGAUGCUGGAGGCUCUGAUGGAGGAGAAGGACGACGUAGGAAGGCUGCGCCAGGAGGUCCAAGAUGCCAAGGAAGUCAUCUCGACGUACGAGGAGACGAUAAAGACCCUUAUGAGGGAAGUCGUCGAGCUCCGCCAAGGGGUAAGUGAUAGUCAGAGAGUCGUCAAUCUUCAAGCAGAGCUUAUUGCCUCAGAGUCUCGAAGAAUAAAGGAAGUAACUUCUCUCCAGAACGCUCUUCAUCGAAAGGAUCGCGAAAUUGCGCAGCUCCAGACACAGCUGGCAGAGAUUCAAAGAGCAAAGCUGCACUAG